AUGAGCCAAGACGCCGUGCGGUCGUCCGCAGAUCCGUCGACUGCUGUGCAGAAGCCGGCAGCGAACGACAAUGGCGAGGCGAUAGCGCCGCACUCGAACGGUAACAGUACGACUCCCGCUCUCACCUCUCCGCCCAUCAAGGCCCCCGGCCUCGCACGUCCCGCCCGUCGCAGCACGCUAACCGUCGUCUCAGCGACCGCAGGCGCCGCCCCUACCUCGUCGUCGAACAACGCUGCUGGAUCAACGUCGGAACAAGCCGCUGGUGCCGGAAACGAGCCCAAGAGAAAGCCUUCCUUCCUCGACGUGCCACACUCGAAUUCGCAGACCGGCGAGGAGGCUGCGGCAAGCGGAUCGGGACUGAGCGGAGCGACCGCAAGUGAGGGGGCUGAGAGCGUAGGACGGGGCUCGAAGCGUAGCUUUUUGGGCAAGAGGCGUGCUGGGAGCACUGCGAGCAGCAAGCGCUCCCAUAAGGCGCGUGCCGCGGCAAGCGAGAAGGCUCCUGAGAAUGCGCAAGCAGUUGGCGCGGCUGGUUCUGCCCCUCAGGCCCAGCCCAAGAAAAAGAGCGGUGUUUCGAGGAUUUUGCUGAUACUCAACUGCUGCGGCGUGCCGGAGAAGGGCAAUGUGGUCGGACAGGAGGAGUCCCCCGAGGCACCCAAGAAGGCUACCAAGCUACGCUCGGUUCGCAAGCAAUCUGCGCCGGCCACCCCGGCAAAGAAGGACGGGAGCGCCGCAGAGUCGAGCAACGCCGACUUGAAGGAACCCAUUGAAGAGAAGGCUGGCAAAUCUACGGAGGCAGGAGGGCCUGUGAAGGACUUUGAGAAGCAACCGUUGUCAGGAGACGCGUCGGCGGAUAAGCCCAUUCUGGACGCUCCCGCGGCCUCGUCUCAAGAAAAGAGCACUCUGGAUCAACCGCUUCCUCCUGUUCCCCAGGCUGACCGGCUGGAUACCUCGGCCGCUGCUGAGAACGGCCCCCAAGUCAAUGUCCAGGCCCCCACGCCGGUUGCGCCCUCGGAGGAACAAGCGAUUACCGACAGGACUCCUGAACAAGAGGCGCGGGAUGCGGAUAUCGAGAUGACGGACGCAGGCCCAUCGAUACCAAUCGCCGCCAACGAGGUCCCCAUGACCGAGGAGAGCGGUGAGCCCGUGCAGCAGGAUGCAGCUCCGACUAAGAUUGACCUCCCGCCGCCCCCGCCGCUCGUGGAUCGCCAGGCUCAGACUGCUCCUCCUGCUGCAACCACCCCUCAGAGCCAGGAUAGCUCUCUUGCCGUUACUCCCGCAGAGCCCCCGCAAAAGUGGCUCCUGCCACCCAUCAGGCCCGAGUUCAAGGGAAAGAAGUGCUUGGUCCUGGACCUGGACGAGACUCUUGUCCACAGCAGCUUCAAGAUCUUGCACCAGGCCGACUUCACGAUUCCAGUGGAGAUUGAGGGACAGUACCACAACGUUUACGUCAUCAAGCGCCCCGGUGUCGAUGCCUUUAUGAAACGUGUCGGUGAGCUAUACGAGGUCGUUGUUUUCACUGCUUCAGUAUCAAAGUAUGGCGAUCCGCUCCUUGAUCAACUCGAUAUCCACGGCGUGGUCCACCACCGUCUGUUCCGAGAGAGCUGUUAUAACCACCAGGGCAACUAUGUGAAGGAUCUUUCUCAAGUGGGCCGCGACCUGAAGGAGACGAUCAUCAUUGACAACUCGCCGACUUCGUACAUCUUCCACCCCCAACACGCCGUCCCGAUUAGCAGUUGGUUUUCUGAUGCACAUGACAAUGAGCUCUUGGAUCUCAUCCCUGUACUGGAGGACCUCGCUGGCCAACAAGUCAGCGAUGUCAGCUUAGUGCUGGAUGUGGCCUUGUUUGCCCAAGCGGGCGAGAUACACAAGGGCUGGGUCAAGGCCCAACGCGCAAAGAAAGCGGCGCGUUGGAUUCAAGAUGUGCCUGUGGAGGGCCUGCCCGCUCUCGCAGAGCUUGCCUAA